UGCGGCGGGAAACGCGUCAAAUCCAAUUCACCAACGCGUCAACUCCCCCUCCGCAUUUCACACUGUUCGUUACCACUUCUGCCAAACCCGCCUCAAACACUGCAAACUGCCAAAAAUGCCCCGUGAGAUCAUUACAAUACAGGCAGGCCAGUGUGGGAAUGCCAUAGGUUCCAGGUUUUGGCAGCAGCUGUGCCAGGAGCAUGGAAUCAGCCGCGACGGCAAUCUCGAGGACUUCGCAACCGAGGGCGGUGACCGCAAAGAUGUCUUCUUCUACCAGAGCGACGACACCCGCUACAUUCCCCGAGCCAUCCUCAUCGACCUCGAGCCCCGAGUGAUUAACAGCAUCCAGAGCGGGCCGUAUAAAAACAUCUACAACCCAGAAAACUAUUUCAUUGGAGAACAUGGAAUGGGCGCAGGAAACAAUUGGGCUGCCGGAUACGCCGCGGGCGAGAGGGUGCAAGAAGAGAUCUUUGACAUGAUUGACCGCGAGGCUGAUGGAAGUGACUCUCUGGAAGGAUUCAUGUUGCUUCACUCCAUCGCUGGCGGAACUGGAUCUGGUCUGGGCUCGUACUUACUUGAGCGCAUGAACGACCGAUUUCCGAAGAAGAUCAUCCAGACAUACUCGGUGUUCCCAGACACCGCUAUUGGCGAUGUGGUGGUGAACCCGUACAACAGUCUACUGACGAUGCGAAGAUUGACCCAAAAUGCCGACUCCGUGGUGGUCCUCGACAAUGGCGCUCUAUCAAGGAUAGCAUCCGAGAGACUGCAUGUGCAGGAGCCUUCGUUCCAGCAAACAAAUCAGUUGGUCUCGACUGUCAUGUCGGCUUCGACCACCACACUGCGGUACCCCGGCUACAUGCACAACGACCUCGUGGGAAUCAUUGCAUCGCUAAUUCCCACACCGCGAUGCCAUUUCCUCAUGACUGCCUAUACGCCGUUUACGGGCGAUAACGUCGAUCAGGCAAAGACGGUGCGCAAAACCACGGUGCUAGAUGUGAUGCGUCGCCUUCUGCAGCCCAAAAACAGGAUGGUGUCAAUUAACCCUUCCAAGUCUUCAUGCUACAUCUCGAUCCUCAACAUCAUUCAAGGCGAGGCUGAUCCCACUGAUGUCCACAAAUCGCUCCUGCGUAUCCGGGAGCGGCGCAUGGCCAAUUUCAUUCCCUGGGGUCCGGCAUCGAUCCAAGUCGCCCUGACGAAGAAAUCCCCGUUCCUGCAGAACACUCACCGAGUGUCCGGGCUUAUGCUAGCGAAUCACACGAGCGUGUCGACACUGUUCCGGAGGAUCGUUAUUCAGUACGAAAAAAUGAGGAAGCGCAAUGCCUAUCUGGAGCAGUACAAAAAGGAAGCUCCGUUUGCCGAAGGCCUAGGUGAAUUCGACGAGGCCAAAGAGGUCGUGAUGGGACUCAUUGGUGAGUACGAGGCGGCUGAGAAGGACGACUAUCUCGAUCCCGAUGCGGGUGAAAAGAAAACCGACGGCGCAUGAGUUGAAUGAUGUAUGAGGUCUACUUUUACGACACGACGGCAAAUGACGAACCGACCACUCAUGCUGCGCCAGACGGACUUUGGUCCUGGGGGCUUUACUGCGAUCAAUUCCAGAAACGAUACACCCAUACUAUUGAGACCGCAGACCCGGAGCAAAAGUCGUUCCCCUGGCUGGGAUGACUGGACACAACAGUCACAACCAUAGUUGAGAAGACAACAACCCCAGUCCGAUGCACCUUGAUGGAAUCAUUGUGGAGCCCCUUUGACUUGGAUGAUGGGGUUGACCACGCUCACGCUGCCGGGAAUGUGCAUGAUGCUGCAUGUAACCACAGAUCCAUCCCUUGGAUCACGGACACGUUUCCGAAUUUGCUCGCUGUCAGCUUGGUGUCAGGCAUGUCGACUGAAAUGGCCAUGGGUCGAGAAGCGAAAGGGUGGAUGCGACACUGCGGUAUCUGCAAUAAGGCCCGGAAACCCUACGUGGCAGUAGAUGCACGGGGCAUAGAUCAUUUCGGCACCAACCCACAGAACACGCAAUACCCGUGGCCAACAAGCAGCUUGCAGUGAGGUGCAGUGGCAGCAGCCGGUGCCGGUUGCGGAGGUUGGGCUGAAAGACCUGGGCGGAGUGCAAAAAGGAGGUCAAUGGCCAACCUGGAGAAUGGAACAAGCAAGGCGAGAUGCAAGUGCCCGCUCGGCUACGUGGUAGUUGCGCAUGGUUGUAUGUCCAUGUUUAUUGAACGUUAGGUGGCUGCUGGUCAGCGAAAGGCCAUAUAUUUCAGUUCCCUCGUGGCCAUGGCCGUGGUAGUAGCAACAUGCUAAACGGUUCUAGCGGCCAGGUGCCUUUCUUCUAUCAUGCCAAUAAUGAUAACAAUGCAUGCGCCCGGACCGAGCACAGACGGCCUGACCUCUCUGCAGCCGGACAAACCGAGACACAAGACACUUUGGUAUUGUAUGUCCCGAGUCCUUGCAUCGAUACCUAGGGAUAAAGUACCACUGCACUAUGAGGAUCUGGGAUUCGUAAAGAAA